AUGGCAAACAAGGUCAAGGCACACGAGCUCCAGGCUAAGUCCAAGGCGGACCUGACAAAGCAGCUCGACGAGCUCAAGAGGGAGCUCCUCCAGCUUCGUGUUCAGAAGGUGGCUGGUGGCGCUUCGAGCAAGCUCACCCGCAUCAAUGGCGUUCGCAAGUCGAUCGCUCGUGUCCUCACGGUCAUGAACCAGAAGCAGCGCCAGAACAUCAGGGAAUUCUACAAGAACAAGAAGCACCUCCCUCUCGACCUCCGCCCCAAGCAGACCCGCGCUAUCCGCCGGGCUCUUUCGAAGACCGACCGCAAGCGCGUCACUGAGCGUCAGCACAAGAAGGACAUCCACUUCGGCAGGCGCAAGUACGUUCUCAAGGCGUAA